UGACAUCAUCUAUUAAUACUGUCUAUUUAGUAUUGUAUAGGCUGUACAUAACUUCACUGCCAUUAACUACUCACCAUUCAUAUUUUCCCUGUAUCCUUUCGGUAGAAUAUUGUAUUCCUUUAAAGUUGCAGACCAAGAAGCAUGCUUACUGACAGCACAUACUCAAGAGCAGCAGGUUGUGUCUGUCUCAGGCUUUAAAGUGUCUCAUCUUUAGAAAGUGGUUAUACACUAAGGGCUUGGCUACACUUGUGAGCUCGAGCGCAUUAAAACAGCUCCGUGCACUCUAACUCAUGACGCAUCCACACUGGCAAGGCACGUGGAGCACACUGACUCUGCAGCUGGAGCACUCCUGGUAAUCCACCUCCACUAGAGGCAUAACACCUGGUCUGCCAUGGCUGGAGCACCGCAGCACCAGCAUGGAUGCCCUGACCUGUUAAUGUGCUCUGAUCGGUCUCCAGAAGUGUCCCACAAUGCCUGUUCUAGCCAACCUGGUCAUCACUUUGAACUCUACUGCCUUGCCAGAAGGGAACCAACCAUCAGACCCACACUUUAAAUUCUCUGGGAAUUUUGAAAAUUCCCAUCACAUCUUUCCAGGUGACUAUGCUUCCACGCACCAGGCGAUCCCAGUAUGGAGCAAUGACGAGAUGCUGGACCUCAUCAGUGUUUGGGGGGGAGGAAGCUGUCCAGUCCCAGCUGUUCUCCAGCCAUAGGAAUUACGAUACCUUCAGGCAGAAAUCAAGGGACAUGAUGGAAAGGGGCCAUGACCAGGACACACUGCAGUGCAGGGUUAAAGUGAAGGAGCUGCGGAAUGCCUACCACAAAACCCGCAAGGCAAACCGCUGCUUCGGUGCUGUCCCCGUGAUCUGCUGUUUCUACAAAGAGCUGGAUGCGAUACUGCUCUGCUCUGAGGACCACCUCUGCUCUGAGGACCACCAUGGACACUUCAGAGCCCAGUUCAACAAGGGAGGAUGAGGAGGAAAGUGGGAGCGAGGGUUCUGAGAAGGAGGAAGACACCCUGGCAUCCCUAGAUGCAUGCAGCCAGGAGCUGUUCUCAAGCCAGGAGGAAGGUAGCCAGUCUCAGCAGCCGGUGCUUGGGGAAGAACAAACACCAGUCACCCUCAGCAGUGAGAUAUCUUCCAGGACGAACUGCUGUAGAAAAUGUGGGGACAGUGUUCAGUAUAGGGGCCCCCUGCCACUGUUGGCUCUUCCCAAGGCACAGAAACCCAGAGAUGCAACCUUGAGAUCUCAGCCGUCUGUGUUAUCACCGGCCGAAAGAUUCCAAAGAAUUAGGAAGAGGCCACGUAGAAGCAAAAAAGACAUUCUGCAUGAAGUAAUGCAGCAGUCCCUUAACAAGAAUCUAAAAGCGCAGGAGUGGAGGGAGAGCGAAAGGAGAAUCUGCCAGCAGAAUGCAGAGCGCCGGCACCAAAGCAUGGAUCGGCUGAUAACCAUCAUGGAGCACCAAGUGGACUUGAUCCAGGUGUUGGUAGCAAGGCAAGUGGAGCGCUACCGCGCUCGCACCCCCCUGCAGCCCUUGUCCCCAAAACUCUUUCCCUUGUGCCCCCAUGUCACCUCCAACCCACUUUCCCCAACAUCCAGGUUCUGCCUCCAACACUUGUAACCUCACCACCCAACCCUGAAAACUAUGACCCUUACCCACCACACUCAACCCCCAUCACCGUGCCUUUUAGCCAGCCUAAAGUGCAGCACUCACUGCACAGAACUCCAGACAGGACAUACGCAAAACUGAUUGUUUCAUUCCCCAGCCCACCUCCUUACCCCUUCUGUUUCCCAAGCGGUUGUGUUUCUUUUCAAUACAUGAAUUUUCUUUUCAAUAAAUGGAUUUUUUGGCUUUGAAAACAUUCUUUGUUAUUGCAUAAAGUAAAAGAUACCUUAGCCCAGGAAAGCAACAGGCACUGCAAGUCAGUGUAGCAAGUACAGAUUCCUACUAACAUUGGAACCACUGCACUUCACUCCUG